ACAAGUUGAAGUUCAGGAUUACUAUACCACUGUCCAUACAUGCACCUGCGUUGGCUAAGGAUACAAAACAGCAUAUUCCUCAAGAGAUUGCCUUUGCAUUUAGCUUCCAAUCACAUUUUUCUCUAUAUCCUCACAGAGAGUAAUGGGCAGGUCCUAAAACUUGUAAUAGCCUCACAAAGCCAACCAACACAAGUAGAUCCUCUCAAAGUUACAACUACUCAAAUUUUUCUCACUGUUUGAGCCAUUCAAAGCAGCACCAGACGAACCAAAUUGCCUAGUGCCUGCGAUGUCUGGUGUUCUUCUUUGGGUGAGUUGUGGACCCAAAGAGAACCCCAUUUCCUUGGUUGGUGUUUCAGGAAGAAGUGGAAGAAGUCAUAGGAGGUUUGGAAUGUGCAACGAGAUCAGCUUUGCCAGUUUUUCACCUGCUGUUGCUGACCCUUCAAGGUCCUCAGAAGAGAGGGUCUAUGAAGUUGUGUUGAAGCAAGCAGCAAAGGUCAAGGAGCAGAAGAAGGAUAGAAAGAGUGGUCUGAAUUUGGACAAGCCAAUGGAAGGUGAUUUGUCCAAUGGAGAUCUGUUGAAUGCUGCAUAUGAUAGGUGUGGUGAAGUCUGUGCUGAAUAUGCCAAGACAUUUUAUCUAGGCACACAAUUGAUGACCCAAGAACGCAGAAAAGCCAUAUGGGCCAUUUAUGUGUGGUGCAGAAGAACAGAUGAGUUAGUGGAUGGUCCUAAUGCCUCUCACAUCACACCAAAGGCCUUAGAUAGGUGGGAGCAAAGAUUAUCCGAUGUUUUUGAAGGUCGGCCUUAUGAUAUGUAUGAUGCUGCCCUUUCAGAUACAGUCUCAAAGUAUCCAGUUGACAUACAGCCUUUCAAGGACAUGAUUGAAGGGAUGAGGCUGGAUCUGAGAAAGUCAAGAUACAAUAACUUCGAUGAACUUUACCUUUACUGUUACUAUGUUGCUGGGACAGUGGGCCUUAUGAGUGUUCCAGUGAUGGGGAUAGCACCAGAAUCAAAGGCUUCAACAGAGAGUGUCUACAAUGCUGCUCUGGCACUUGGCAUUGCAAAUCAACUUACUAACAUUCUCAGAGAUGUUGGAGAAGAUGCUAGAAGAGGAAGAGUAUAUCUUCCACAAGAUGAAUUGGCACAAGCUGGCCUAUCAGAUGAUGACAUUUUUCGUGGGAAAGUUACUGACAAGUGGCGCAGUUUCAUGAAAGGCCAAAUACAAAGGGCAAGGAUGUUUUUUGAUGAGGCAGAGAAGGGAGUUUCAGAGCUUAACUCUGCCAGCAGAUGGCCAGUGUGGGCAUCUUUGUUACUGUAUAGACAAAUUUUAGAUGCUAUUGAAGCUAAUGAUUACAAUAACUUCACUAAAAGAGCUUAUGUAGGAAAAGUUAAGAAGCUCUUAUCAUUACCUACAGCUUAUGGAAGAGCAUUUAUAGGCCCCGAGAAGUUAACCCAAAUGGUUACAAGAGGAAUGUAAUGUUAUUCUGGUGAAAAUCAAAUGGCUUAAGCUUGUAAAUUUUGUUCACUAGAAAUCAGAAAGCUAUCACGUGUACAAUUUUUUCAAGUUUUAGUUGUAUACAUCUCAAAUAAACAGUCUUAAAGAGAAAUCCAUUC